CUUAGAUGGGGUUAUGGAAGUGGGCACAUUGAGAUCAAUGGAACUGAGUAUCAACUUCAGCAAUGCCAUUGGCAUUCUCCUUCUGAGCACACUAUUAAUGGCAGAAGAUUUGAUAUGGAGAUUCAUCUACUUCAUCGGAGCAUCGAUAACCAGACUGCUGUGAUAGGAGUCAUGUACAAAAUCGGACGUCCCAACUCUUUCUUGACCAUGAUGAAACAUCAUUUGAAUGCCCUUGCUGAGACGAGAGAUGUAGAGAGAGCUGUUGGAAUAAUUGAUCCUGAGCUCAUUAAAUUUGGCAGUAGAAAAUACUAUCGGUACAUUGGUUCACUUACAACUCCGCCCUGCACCGAAAAUGUUAUUUGGACAAUUGUGAGAAAGGUGAGGACUGUAAGCCGGGAACAAGUCGAAUUGAUUCGAAAUUCUGUCCAUGAUGAUACUGAAACAAAUGCUAGACCAAUUCAACCGAUGAAUGAUCGUACGGUGGAACUUUACAGGCCAAGUGAUCGUCAACAUUGA